GACGACUGGCAUGCACUAUAAAUCAGUGCUACCUUAAAUUCCUGGGCAAAGGAGGGAAGUAUUACGAGACUCCACAGACCUCCACGUCAGCACAACCAACCGACAUGCCCACUCCACAAGAACAGGAGCAAAACACCGAUGACAAAGUCGCCGACGAUGCGUCGAACAACAGUUCUGCAGCAGAGCAAAACAAAGGGGAUCAAACAUCACAAGAUCCCCUGGAAAGCAUACCAGGCACGUCAGGCUUGCAACAAGUGUCCUCCCCUGCGGCUGGGGAGUCUCUCGGUACUCUAUCGGGAGCCUCCCUCUCCGACGGGGAUGAUGCUGAAGCAAUGCUGGCGAGCCUCUAUCUCGACGAAGAAGGCAAAGACAUCAAGGAACGUCAAAAUGCCGUCCCCUUCGUCGAGUAACCACACACAAUUCCUUCAAAUCAACCUCCACCACAGCGAGACUGCCACGGCUCAACUACGAAAGUGGCUGGAGGCACACACCAACACCGUCGCCCUAAUACAAGAGCCGUGGGUUAGGGCGGACAAAGUUCUAGGACUUUCUAAAUUAUCAGAGACAACUGUGCCAUAAAGGUUACAGACACGCAGGGAAGCGAAUUUGUAGUCGCCUCCACCUACAUGCCGGAGGCCGACGAACCACCGCCGGCCAAUCUCGUCAGACUGGUCAACUACUGCGAAUCAGCCGGCCUGGAAAUGAUCAUCGGCACCGAUGCAAAUGCCCAUCAUCAGCUGUGGGGCAUGGACAAAAACAACGAAAGAGGUAAAAAUCUAGUUGAUUUCUUAUUCACCACCAACCUAAACAUUCUUAAUAUAGGUAAUGAACCAACCUUUGUGACGAGGAGGUGCAGGACUAUCAUUGACCUCACUUUAGCAUCAGACCAUAUUGCGUCUAAAAUUGAAGCAUGGCAUGUCUCAAAAGAGGCGUCAUGCUCAGACCACAGGUGGAUACGUUUCACUCUCUGCGUUAACAUUACAACCACCAUGCAACCUAAAAGGAACCCUAGGAAGACAAACAAAAGUUUGUACAUUAAAUCCCUAGCGGAAAAAUUAAAAAAGUUAGACUCAACCACACCUCUCAAGGGGUCAGAACAAGAGUACAUAG